GCGUAGAGCCAGUCCAUGUGUGCUGUUAUCCGGUCACUCUCGCUGGCUGCGCGCUCGACUGGAUCUCCCCACGUCUCCAAGCGCAAUCCACGAGCACUCACGAGCCUUCUCCACAAUUCUAGACAACGCAAAUCGGCUUGUUCCACCUCUCGACCUACCGCAGCUCAUGCCAUUAACCUGCGCUCCUCCGCGUUAUUGCGCACUUAGUUGCCAGACUUUACCUUAGCGCGUUUGGUGCGCUCAUCCCCGGACACUGUCGCUUCAUACCAACAGUGGUUCAAGACUCCAGUGUCAAAAGACCAAGCAGAGGGCAAUGUGAGAAUCUACUCCAGGGGGAUUUUUUUUUUGUGUCGUGACAUGUUCUGCGCUCCAAACCAGCGUCUCCACGUAGAAAUGGAAGUGUGUGUGUUUAUGGUGACAUGAGCACGGGAGCUGCAGGACAGAUGGAGGAGAUGGAGGAGCUCGUCACCCAGGGCGACAGCAUGCCCAAGCGGCUGGCUCUGAUCUGCUUCCUGUCUCUGGUCAUGCUCAUGAGCAUUCUGGGAAACCUGCUGGUCAUGGUGGCCGUGUGCAAAGACCGACAACUCAGGAAAAUCAAGACCAACUACUUCAUUGUGUCGCUGGCGUUCGCUGACCUGCUGGUGUCUGUCCUGGUGAUGCCGUUCGGGGCCAUAGAGCUGGUCCAUGAGCACUGGAUCUAUGGAGAGACGUUCUGUUUGGUCAGGACCUCUCUGGAUGUGCUGCUCACUACCGCCUCCAUCCUGCACCUCUGCUGCAUCGCACUCGACCGGUACUAUGCGAUCUGCUGCCAGCCGCUGGUCUACAGAAAUAAGAUGACUCCCAUGAGAGUGGCUCUGAUGAUCGGGGGCUGCUGGUCCAUCCCCACCUUCAUCUCCUUUCUGCCCAUUAUGCAGGGCUGGAACAGCAUCGGCAUCAACCACCUGAUCGAGGAGCGUCGGCACAGUGAGGGCAGUAACUCCACCUCGUGCGUCUUCAUGGUGAACAAGCCCUACGCUCUGACCUGCUCCGUGGUUGCCUUCUACAUCCCGCUGAUCCUCAUGGUUCUGGCCUAUCAGCGGAUCUAUGUCACCGCCCGGGCUCACGCGCUGCAGAUCUCCAUGCUCCAGAGAGCCGGAGCCAAUGCGACCGUAGACUCUGCCGACCACCAACGAAACCACCGCAUGAGGACUGAGACUAAAGCCGCUAAGACUCUCUGCAUCAUUAUGGGAUGUUUCUGCUUAUGUUGGGCCCCGUUUUUCGUGACAAACGUAGUGGACCCGUUCAUUGGUUACACGGUGCCAGAGCAGUUGUGGGCGGCCUGUCUCUGGUUGGGGUAUAUAAACUCUAUGUUGAACCCCAUCCUCUAUGCGUUCCUGAAUAAGUCAUUUCGCCGAGCGUUCCUCAUCAUCCUCUGCUGUGGGAGGAAGAGGUACAGAAGGCCCUCCAUUUUGGGGUCCGCGCAGUGUACGACCACGCAGAUCAACGGCUCCACGCAUGUACUCAAGUAUGCAGCGCUGCACAACGGGACCCACUCGGAGCCGGACCGGGGUCUACAGACCGACACAGAGUCCCACGAGUCCUGUCUGUGACGGGAUGUCCCACUGAACACUGCCCCCUGCUGGAGCCUAGUGUCACUGCGGGAGGACAUACACAAGAGCGACAAG